UUUCACAGAGUUUAAAUAUUCUGCUUUCGGAGAAGAUAUCUCUGGCAAUGACAUGGACGAGUCGUAUGAGUCGAAGCAGCUCGAAGACGGCAAUGUAUACGUGCGUUUAGACAUGCCAGGCGUUCCCAAGGACAACUUCACUGUCUCAGUGGCUAACGGCAAAGUAAACGUGACUGGUCAAGCUCCUGCUCUUAGCCACGACUCAGGUUCUCGGUUGUACUCUGCUGACGUGGUUAUGCUCUCCGGUCCUGUCGACUUUCCUAGCCAUCGGGUCAAAACCAUCAUCAAGAACGGUGUCAUCCGACUCCUCGUCCCUCCCGUUUGAUAUCAUUAAUUAUGAUGAUGACGUGGCUAAAUAUAUGUUUCUUUCUGUUUGUUAAAUUUGUCUUCAUGAGUGGACCUAUUUUGUUGGGAUUGAUUAAUAUUCCAAAAAGUAACAUUACUUCAAUUUGUGUAGGCAUGCACUCUAUCUUUUUUUUUUAUAUGAAUAUAUGUCUAACCAAAUAAAAACAGUAUGAUAAUAAUUAUGAACAAAUGUAAAGUGUAUUUUAUGUGUGAAGGCAUGCAUUUAAUUACGCAGUGUACGAUAAAGCUGAAAACUUACCAAAUUAAGGCAAAGACCAACUUUGUUGUCUAUCUUGAUACAAGACAAAAACCUCAGAGCUUUCACCAGAGUAGAAACGAAAAGAUGAAAUUAAUAAAACUUAUACGUUUGUAUAUUAGCGGGUAAUUAAUAAGAAAUAUGAUAUUUUGCGUGUCACUGGAAAUUGUUGGUAAAUAAAAGGCGAACACGCAUCCUAGUAUAUACAGAUCGCAUUCACAAAUGUAAAGUCGACACGUGUCGUCAGAGGGAUUAGUUGUCAUUUUCACCUGACAACCUCCCAUACUAUGCUUGUUUUAGAGCUUAGUCUCAAAAAUUCAAAAACCCUAGAGAGAGAGAGAUCUCAAAAAGAAAAAGCACUAAAACCCUAAUUAGUCUCAAAAAUUCAAAAACCCUAGAGAGAGAGAGGUCUCAAAAAGAAAAAGCACUAAAACCCUAAUUAAAAUCACGACUAUACUCAAUGUCAAGGAGGUUAUAAUCA